CCCCUGGGUGCUGAAUGGCAGGAGCCCCGGGGUGUCCCAUAUGGGUAUGGCUGGCUGGGUCACUAACCUCUGUGAUCUGUUCCCUCCCUCUCCAGAUCAUGCGGAUCAAACCUCACCAAAGCCAGCACAUAGGAGAGAUGAGCUUCCUACAGCAUAGCAGAUGUGAAUGCAGACCAAAGAAAGACAGAACAAAGCCAGAAAAAAAAUCAGUUCGAGGAAAGGGAAAGGGUCAAAAACGAAAGCGCAAGAAAUCCCGGUUUAAGUCCUGGAGCGUUCACUGUGAGCCUUGCUCAGAGCGGAGAAAGCAUUUGUUUGUCCAAGAUCCGCAGACGUGUAAAUGUUCCUGCAAAAACACAGACUCGCGUUGCAAGGCGAGGCAGCUUGAGUUAAACGAACGUACUUGCAGAUGUGACAAGCCAAGGCGGUGAGCCAGGCUGCAGGAAGGAGCCUCCCUCAGGGUUUCGGGAACCAGACCUCUCACCAGAAAGACCGACUAACCAUGUCACCACCACACCAUCAUCGUCACCAUUGACAGAACAGUCCUUAAUCCAGAAAGCCUGACAUGAAGGAAGAGGAGACUCUUCCAGGAGCACUUUGGGUCCGGAGGGCGAGACUCCGGCAGAAGCAUUCCCGGGCAGGUGACCAAGCACGGUCCCUUGUGGAACUGGAUUCGACAUUUUCUUUUACUUGCUGCUAAAUCACCAAGCCCGGAAGAUUAGGGAGUUUAUUUCUGGGAUUCCUGUAGACACACCCACCCACAUACACACACACAUAUAUAUAUAUAUAUUAUAUAUAUAAAUAAAUAUAUAUGUUUUUAUAUAUAUAAAAUAUAUAUAUUCUUUUUUUAAAUUAACUUUGCUAAUGUUAUUGGUGUCUUCACUGGAUGUGUUUGACUGCUGUGGACUUGAGUUGGGAGGAGAAUGUCCCUACUCGGAUCCUGAUAGGGGAGACAGUGGGAUGAAAGACUGUGGUGUGGUCUUUCGUCUUUUUUGCCUGCCAGGGAAUGUGCGAGGCCAGGGCACGGGGGCACACUGGCUCACUUCCAGAAACACGACAAACCCAUCCCUGGCCCCGAGUCAAGAGGACAGAAAGAUGGCAGAAAAAGAGACAAAGACGCUGGUCCCAACAGGAGUCUGGGGAGCCUCAGGACUUGGCCUGCUUCGUGGAUCCCGCUACAUGCUGCCCUCUGGGCACUGCCUGGAAGAAUCAGGAGCCUGGCCAGCCUGCAGCUCUCUCCUCCGAGGUGCCCAGGAGGCCCCCCACAGGUGUCCUGGCUAAGAGAAAACCCGUUGGUGGAAGAAGAGGCCUGGCCAGGCUCCUCCUCCUGGGAACCCCUUCUUCUCUCCCUACCCCACUUCCUGGGUACAGCCCAGGGGAACCUUGUGUGCUCAGACCAUUGAAACCACUAGUUCUGUCCCCAGGAGACUUGGCCGUGUGUGAGUGGCUCACCCUCCCCCACCCCAUCCCUUCCCGAGGCACAGAGCAGUGGGGCAGGACCCGCAAGCCCCUCACGGAGGCAGAGAACAGAGAAAGUGUUUUAUAUACGGUACUUAUUUAAUAGUCCUUUUUAAUUAGAAAUUAAAAACAGUUAAUUUAAUUAAAGAGUAGGGUUUUUUUUUCAGUAUUCUUGGUUAAUAUUUAAUUUCAACUAUUUAUGAGAUGUAUCUCUCGCUCUCUCUUUAUUUGUACUUUUUGUGUGUGUGUAUGAAAUCUGUGUUUCCAAUCUCUCUCUCCCGGAUCGGUGACAGUCACUAGUUUGUCCUGAGAAGAGAUUUAAUUUUGCUAACACUCAGCUCUGCCCUUCCCUGGUCCCCUCCACACAUUCCUUUGAAAUAAGGUUUCAAUAUACAUUUACAUACUAUAUAUAUAUUUGGUAACUUGUGUUUGUAUAUAAAUAUAUAUAUAUAUAUGUUUAUGUAUAUAUGUGAUUC